AUGAAGUUGCCCUACAUCUUCUCUCUGGCCAUGCUGUAUGUUGUGUCUGUGCAUGCCACUCCCAUUCAGCUGCGCCAGGCGCCCGUUGCAGUCGACGACGUCGUUGUGGCCUCAGCACACCCUGAGUCUAGCGACGAGCGGAUCCUGCGCCAGGACAUAUCCAGCAACUGCCUCCCGCGCUCCAUCCAGAACAUGUCGCCGGCGAAGCGUGUUGUGAUUGAGGCGGUUGCCCGCGAGCUCACCCAGUCGCAGUUCCGCGAUUUCCACCAGUUUGCCCCGGCGGCGCUGGCACUCAACAGACCCGAGAUCGAGGGCAAGAUCCUUGGCUCAAACUACCCAGGCACGCUGUCGGGCCUGCUCGAGCUCAGAGACUAUAUGAAGCAGGAGGUGCCCGAGAUCUCCCGCGUUUCUGACAACGCCAAUGCCGAUGAUAUGUGCCAGGCGCCCACCUCAAAGAACCUGCACACGAUCUUUGUCAACCUCGAGAAGCUCAUCCAGCAGUUUGCUUAG